GGGAGGGCGCGCGCGCAGCCUGCUCUCAGACCUCACCCCCCGCACUGUCAGACUGAACUGCGGGGGCACACGCAACGGAUCGGCGCAGUCCUCGACAGCAGAGGAACCUAAGACGGGAUUUGUCCCCCCUCCCUUCAGGUGCGCUCGCGGAAGCAGGCGCGCGGAACUCGGCGGCUCUCCGGAGUUUGCUCUCCGGCCUCAGAGGCGCACAGGCGGCGCGCAGCCCGACGGACGGACGGAGCGGCCGGUCCGGCUGCGCUCUGAGUCCCGGACUUUCCUCUCCUCAGAGCGGGUGUUUGAUGACGCGCCUGGUGGGUUCGAGUCACUGCGGGACGCCGUGGAUUUUCCAGCUUCAGGAACGGAUCCGUUUUCGGGACUCCCGGUCAGCAGCAGCAGCAGCAGCAGCAGCUCCGCGGAUCAGUAAAGUUGCAGGGAAAGCAUGGAGGCUGUAAGUCGGCAGAGCUUCCAGCCUCAUCCGGGACUGCAGCAAACUCUGAAGCAGUUCCACCUCAGCUCCAUGAUCUCUCUGGGGGGCCCGGCGGCGUUUUCCGCCCGGUGGCAGCAUGAGCUCCUCUUCAAGAAGGACGGGAAGGAGCCCGAGCCGGCGCUGCAGCAUCUGCCGCCGCCCGUCAUGCCGGGCCCGCUCUUCAUUCCGUCCGACCGCUCCACGGAGAGGUGCGAGACGGUGCUGGAGGGCGAGACCAUCUCGUGCUUCGUGGUGGGCGGCGAGAAGCGCCUGUGCCUGCCGCAGAUCCUCAACACGGUGCUGCGGGACUUCAGCCUGCAGCAGAUCAACUCCGUGUGCGACGAGCUGCACAUCUACUGCUCCCGCUGCACGGCGGACCAGCUGGAGAUCCUCAAAGUCAUGGGGAUCCUGCCGUUCUCCGCGCCGUCCUGCGGCCUCAUCACCAAGACGGACGCCGAGCGGCUCUGCAACGCCCUGAUCUACGGAGGAGCCUUCCCGCCGCGCGCCAAGAAGGAGCUGGGGGGCGCGGGGGCGCUGGAGCUGCAGCUCACCGACAGGAGCUUCAAAGUCUACCACGAGUGUUUCGGCAAGUGCAAGGGCUUGCUGGUGCCGGAGCUGUACGGCAGCCCGAGCGCGGCGUGCAUCCAGUGCUUGGACUGCAGACUCAUGUACCCGACGCACAAGUUCGUGGUGCACAGCCACAAGGCGCAGGAGAACAGGACUUGCCACUGGGGCUUCGACUCCGCGAACUGGAGGGCGUACAUCCUCCUGAGUCAGGAUUACACGGGCAAAGAGGAGAAGGCGCGCCUGGAGCAGAUCCUGGACGAGAUCAAGGAGAAGUUCGACUUUGCAAACAAGUACAAACGGAAAGCUGCGUCCAGGGCUUCUGACCCUAUUCCAGCUAAAAAGUCAAAGCAUGAAGAGGUGUCAUCCCAGCCUCUGCUGAAUGACGCAGACCAGCAGCAGGACUGGCUGCAGUCUCUUUCCACCCCCAAGGGCAUCAACGGCAUUCAGCCGAGGCAGAGGCCCUCAGCCUUCCGGCCCUGGUCUCCUCACGUCUCUGCGGGUGAUAAGGAGCCGUCCGGUCACCCCCUGGCCCUCCUCAGGGAGAGUUUCUACAACUACAAGAGCCUGGAGAGCGCUGUGGCCCCCAAUGUGGCGCUAACACCCCUGCCUCUUGGCAAGGUGGUCCCCAAGCCCCCGUCAGGACCCAGCACCACCAACCUGAGUGGAGCUGAGACCCCUGGUGAGAGCACCGAGUCUCGGCCUCGGAAGAGAAGAGCCACAGGGGAGGUCCCAGUGGUGGCACCAGAGGCCCCCUGCCCCCCGUCCUCCUCUGCCACCAAGCCGUCCCCACCUCCUGAUGACAGGGACUCUGAGGUGGAGAUCGAGGUGGAGAGCCGUGAUGGGCUCACCUCCUCCACCUUGUCCUCGCCCUCCUUCACCUCCUCCAGCAGUUCAGCAAAGGACCUGAGCUCUCCGGGGGCGCAGGGGCCCAUCUCCACCGUUACGUCAGCAGAAACCGCAGUCCCCCCCCCACCUGAGUCGGGGCUGGACUCAGAGCUGGAGAGCCUGAGGCAGGCGCUGGACGGGGGGCUGGACUCCAAAGAGUCCAAGGAAAAGUUCCUGCACGAGAUUGUGAAGAUGAGAGUGAAGCAGGAGGAGAAGCUGGGAUCUGCCCUGCAGGCCAAGCGCAGCCUUCAGCAGGAGCUGGAGUUCUUGCGCGUGGCCAAGAAGGAGAAGCUGCGUGAGGCCACCGAGGCCAAGCGCAACCUGAGGAAGGAGAUCGAGCGCCUGCGAGCCGAGAGCGAGAAGAAGAUGAAGGAGGCCAACGAGUCUCGGAUGCGCCUGAAGAGGGAGCUGGAGCAGGCGCGACAGCUGAGGAUCUGCGACAAGGGCUGCGAGGCCGGGCGGCUCCGCGCCAAGUACUCAGCGCAGAUUGAAGACCUACAGAUGAAGCUGCAACAUGCAGAUGCAGACCGCGAUCAGCUCCGAGCCGACCUCCUGCGGGAGCGGGAGGCCAGGGAGCACCUGGAAAAAGUGGUGAGGGAGCUACAGCACCAACUGUGGCCCAAACCCAACAGCAAAGACAAGGAAGUGCACGCCAACAAGUGAACCAGCAGUGGACUCAUAGCCAUCCAAGCCCCAGCCCCAGCCCCUCCCACCUGCAUCAUCUCACUCCACAUUUACACCGCUGUUCCUUCAACCGGCAGAGCGGAUGGGAGAGCGUGCACUGAGCCAGCUCACACAUGGACCAGGAAAGGAGCUGGAAGCUCAGAAACGUCCAUGAGAGCUGAGACCGCUUGAUGACCCGUCUUCUCUUUCAUCCUCACUUCAACAAAAAAAUAUGGAGUUUCCUGCAAAUUAGGAUUAACAAAUAAACAGUUAAGUUGAAGUUCCUAUUGUCAGCACUUGUUAAGACGAUCAGGUCCCACAGACUCAGUUUUCCAUCCCAUAAUUCUCCUCUGGACUAGACAUGAGUGUGGCCUCAGUUCCCCCGAACAUCUGAACGCUUUUCUUGCCUCCAUUGUCCUUGGAUUGGGUAAACACUUAUCAAAACCACGCAAUGUUUGUUUUAGCAAGUUAAAGUCUGUAAAUAGGAUUCUUUUGUACUUCACAGUAAUGAAUGGCACUUUGUCAUAAGAGAAAACUGUCUGAAUGCAUCUUCCUCCCACCCUCUCUCUUUGAUGUCGCCACAUUGGUGCAGCUGCUGCCACAUCUGCUGAUCCGGCGCAGAGACUGAGCUGCCACUCAUUCCGAAAAAUCAUCCUGUAAAUACGGAGAAUGUGAGCUGGAUUCUGAGAAUCAGGAGGCGGAGCGUGUGGAGCGGUGGCAGUCUGAAUGUACGUUGUGUUGAUGCUGUUUUUGCUUCGGUUGUUUUUAACGUGCAGGUAUUUUAUUGCUCGUCUGUUAUGGUCACUUUUUCUCCUCCAAUAGAAAACUCAUAUUUUGCUUUAUGCAUGAAUUCUGAGAAGCUUUGCCAUACAUAUAGUCAGUUAUUGGGCAUUGAUACUGUACAUUUAAGGAUUUUAUUGUGUUAUACCGUAUGAAAUGAGUUAUUCUGCAGAGAAAGAAUUAUCUUAACAAAAAAAAGCCAUGAGCUGUUUUAGGAAAAAAAGCUUUACACAAGAAAUGUAACAAUAAAUAACGGAAAUCAAUGCAAUGCUGGAAAAGCUCAAGUGCCUGGAUGAGGGCGAAAGGCUUCCAGGGAAGGAAAACUGAUGAGAAAGCUGUGAGGAAGAGUGCUUCUCAUCAACUUUCUGAUUGCAGGUUCCAAAUUAAGAGUCCCUCUUUUGCUCCGCAGCUUUUUGAACACUGCAAAUUUGAAGAGGCUUAGUUGUUUAUUUUUCCACUCGGAUAAACGUUUUACAAAUGAUAAAGAUGUAAUAACUAGACAGGUAUCACUUUAGCAGGUAGACUUACAUUUUUGUAGUCAAUAUAUCUUAAAAAGUGUCUUCACUGAUUUUAUCAUCUAGUCAGAAAGUCUGUCUGUGAUACCUGUGAGGUCGUCGUCUUUAUCACUUGUCAUCAUACGGUUGUUAACGUUACCAUAACGUUCUUAGUGUUUUUGCAGUGAAUCAGUAUUCUAGUUUACAGGAGGUUUCUUCUCCUUGAGAGCAGAGAACAAACGAUGCCUCAUCCCUCUUUCAGAUCCAGACAUGCAGUUUAUAUAGAAGCUUUCCGUCUGGAAGCCACUUUUUACCUGACUCUGAAGCCUGCAGGACAACCUGAAAUUGGUACAUUUUCUAGUUUUUAUGCUCAAAAGUGUUGCUUUUCUAUGAAAACAUUUCAGGAAAAAAAAAAACGUUUGGUCCUGCGUUCUCCUGAUAAAAAAAUUGAAAAAAGUAAUUUUAACCAUGUUUUCUAAAGGAAAAUGAUUUUUAAUAAGUGAAUAAAUAAUGAGCAGUAAGCAGCAAUAAGGAGAGAAAAUACUAGCCACAUUUGAAUUUAUACCUGUAAAUAUUUUCUUUUGCAUUUGCAAUAUUGUGUAAUAUAUGUACAUGGUGUUUCCUUUUUCAAAAAGAUAUCUUUUCUUACAAUAGCUGUUUUUCUUUUUUUAAGUUUGUGUUUUAGCUGAACUGUUUGGGAAGCAGGAAUGCCGUGCGGAAGAGAAUAUUCCCUCUGUUAAUCCUCUUUUUUACUGCAGAGUCUUUGUACUGAAUGUUUUUAUUUCCAUGCAUAAUUCUAACCGGAUCCUUGGGUUCACGUGGACGUCUUCACCUCCACCCUUGUGCUUUUCUUUAGCUCGCUGCUGCUGCUGUGGCAGAACUUUGUGUAGAAUCCAGGCGUUCCCCUUUAUUAAUGCCACAUGUUUGUUAUGAUGAGAAGCUUGGCUUAAUCACCAUAUCAUUUGUCUCCACCCCCAUCACUGCCCCCCUCUAACGACACAGAUUAUAUUGUAAAGUAAAGGACUUUAUGAGAUUAUGUUUGAAAAUAGCUUUGCUUAUAUCCUACAGUGACUGAAUGUACAGUGUAUAGAUGCAUUACCAGAAAUAAAGUUGUUUGUCCAGAUUGAAA